UGCCCUCAAAGGUUCAGCCAUUGCCUUAUAAUAUUCCUAUUGAACCACUGAAGGGAUGUGGUCUGUUCUGAGGAUGUUUAAGGACCUUAAACCAGUCUAGAAUGUUGCUGAGUUUUGGAUGAUCAAUGAUGAGCCACACCUUCACCAUUCUUCACUUCAAAAACAGUCAGGAGCCUAGGAGUGGUUCUUGAUGACCAGCUGAAAUUUACAGACCACAUUGCCUGUUCAUGUAGAUCCAUUCUGUUUAGCAUCAGUAAGAUCAGACUCUUCCUAUCUGACCAUGCUGCUUAACUACUAGUCCAAGCUCUUGUCCUGUUCAGGCUGGACUAUUCCAAUGGUCUUUUCCUUCCAACCAACACCAUCAACCCUUUGGAGCUCAUUCAGAAUGCAGCAUCAAGAGUUGUCUUUAAUGAACUUGAAGAGUUUUUUCAACUUGAAGUCUUUUAAGAGCAUGUCACAACUUUAUUCAUCAGUCUACACUAGCUGCCAAUCACCUCUCGACUCAAAUUCAAGGCCCUGCUACUCACCUACUAAACAACUGCUGCCUCUGCACCCAUUUACUUGAGCCCACUACUUCAGGCUUAUGUGCCUGGCAGGACCCUGCGCUUGGCUACCGAAUGUCAGCUUGUGGUACCGUGCAGAUGCUGAAAUCUACAUUAUCGGGGACAGCUGCGUUCGCUAUGGGGAGAAGCGUGCGAGGGAGACCGUCGGGGUCAACCUGGGUCUGAAUGCCCGUGUCCAGUGGUUUGGCUUCGAUGGUUUGGUGUGGAAAAACCUCCUGCCCUGCUUCCGGCAGUGUCUGAGAACGAGAGCGGUGCCGGAUGUGCUGCUCAUCCACUGUGGUGGGAAUGAUCUCGGGAUCUUUAAGAGUGUGAAGCUGUGUGCAGCGAUAACACAAGAUUUGCGGGAGCUCCACAGAAGUUUCCCUCAGAUGAAGAUGGUCUUCUCCACCAUCACUCAGAGACACAAGUGGGGGUCGCUCCAUCCUAAAAAAAUAGACAGGGCCCGCCGCUUCAUUAACAGUAUGAUGGCUAAGAGUGUUUCGUCUGUCGGUGGCAGCAUUGUGCAACAUCCCCAGAUAAAUUAUCGUGAUCCUGACCUUUUUCACUGUGAUGGAAUUAAUUUCAGUAAUCGGGGAAAUGAUAUAUUUCUGAAAAACAUCACUCGGUGUCUGAAAUUCCACAUGAACUAAUGUGAUGAUGGACUUUGGAUCAACACUUCUAGGAUUGUUGUUGUAGGAUUGUGUCUAGGACACUUCUAUGCUUUGUUUGGUGAGUUUUUUUUUGGUGAAUGUAGUCCUGGUGGGCUGGUGUCCUGCAUAGUUUAGUUCCUACUUCCUUCAACACACCUGCCUGCAAGUUUCUAAUAUAGCUUGAUCAGCUGCUUCAGGUGUGUCUAAAUAGGGUUGGAACUAAACCUUGCAGGGUACCGGCCCUCCAGGACAGAGUUUGGACACCCCUGAUGUAGAGGUUUGUUUUGGUUCAAGACAACUGUUAACAGUGCUGUAUGUGUUUUUGACUCUUCUAUAGCACAAAGUACCUUAACAUAAAUAUGUUCUGAUCUUUAAUGCAAACUGAACAUAAGUGUUCGUCUGAAAAACAUUAUUAAAGUCAGGUAUUCUCCUUUGAA